GGAAGGUGGGGAGCCUUAUUAGCUGUGCACCGUUAGCGCUUCAGCUGUGACUACACCGGACUGCCCCGUUGCCGUGCCAAACAUGGACCUGUGGCAAGUUUGACUGGAUUGCCCCGGUAUAUUCCCAUCUCCGUAUUGCCAAUUUGAUCCACCCAUCAGUGAAUGUCAUGAGACGCCAUGAUCCAGUCGGAGGAGGAUAAUCAUGCACCACCAGCGGACAGCAUGGACACCAAAAGGCACUCCGCUGCUGAAAGGUGACCUCCAGACACUUCACCUCCCCAAAACAUUUGAAUAUGCCAGGACUUUACAAUGAGUUCCAACAGCACAGACCCUGGCUUCUUCCUGUCUGCCAUCACCUCUCCACCAGGGGCGGGAGCCUACCCACAAUCCAAUGCUCUCCACCAAGGAGGAACAAGAGGAAACCCCUGGUCGGUGCCUCAUGCGGCUACCCUGGAUGAUAACUCCUCCUUCUCCAGCGGACUCUUCAAUCUCACCUCAGAACCCCCAAACGAGACACAAACAAGGGUUUAUGAGCCCUUGGGGGGCCACCCCGUGUGGCAGGUUGUUCUCAUUGUUUUGCUGACAGGCCUGCUUUCUCUGAUCACCAUCAUUGGAAACAUCUUGGUUGUGGUAUCCUUCAAAGUCAACCGACAGUUAAAGACAGUCAACAAUUACUUCCUGCUGAGCUUGGCUGUGGCUGACCUUAUCAUAGGGGUCAUCUCCAUGAACCUGUACACAGCUUACAUUGUGAUGGGCCAGUGGGCAAUGGGCAACUGGGCCUGUGAUCUCUGGUUGGCCAUAGACUAUGUGGCCAGCAAUGCAUCAGUUAUGAACCUGCUGGUCAUCAGCUUUGACCGCUACUUUUCUAUCACCAGGCCUCUGACCUACCGGGCCAAACGGACCACAAAACGGGCUGGGAUAAUGAUUGGCCUAGCCUGGUUUGUUUCCCUCGUUCUCUGGGCCCCAGCCAUCCUGCUGUGGCAGUAUUUUGUGGGUGAAAGGACAGUACCCUCAGAUGAGUGCUACAUCCAGUUCCUCUCAGAGCCCACAAUAACCUUCUGCACAGCUAUGGCUGCCUUCUAUCUGCCUGUAACUAUCAUGAGCGUUCUGUACUGGCGGAUUUACAAAGAGACCCAGAACCGCUCAAAGGAAUUAGCCGGGCUGCAGGGCUCAGGGAGUCGAGGUGGGACAGGAGGAGGAAGUGGGAGUGGUGGGGGUGAGAGGGCCCGUUUUGUGCACCACCAGACAGGGAGUUCCAGGAGCUGCAGCAGCUAUGAGCUGACGAGGUCCCAGAAAAAGAACUCUUGUCGGGGGCUAGUUAGCCGCUUAUACUGUUGGCCUGGGGUUCGGUCCUGGAGGCCUGGUAGUACCCGAACAGGAGAGGGUGACCCAGAUCAAAGCAGCAGCGACAGCUGGAAUAACAAUGAUGCCGGGGUCUCAAUGGACCACUCUGGGUCGUCAGAGGAUGAGGAUUGCGGAGGCAGAGAGAUGAUUCCACAGAGCCAUGCUAUCUUUUCCAUUGUGCUCAACCUACCUGGUAUAAAGGCUGCCGUGAACUCCCAGCUCACCUCCUGUGAAGACCUAGAUGUGGCCUCAGAGGAGGACCCCCUGAGAGGAGAAGAGGAUAGCAGGGAUGGCCACUCAAUAGUCACCACCAACACCACAGCUACCACCACCCCAGAUGGAACCAGCGAUACAGACAACAAUAGUUACCACCAGCGUUUCUGUUCACGCAAGAUCCAGUCCAUGCCUACCAUCCAGGCUGCGUCAAAAUCAGGUCCCAUGGCUGAUCCUCCAACAACCACUACCACCGACACCAGUACCACCAGCACUGCCACCAAAUCCCCCUCUGUCCCCAUCUCCUUCAAAGAGGCAGCUCUGGCUAAGCGUUUUGCAGCCCGAGCACGAACUCAGAUCACCAAGAGAAAGCGUAUGUCCCUAGUAAAAGAGAAGAAGGCAGCUCAGACACUCAGUGCCAUCCUUUUUGCUUUCAUCAUUACAUGGACACCUUACAACAUCAUGGUGCUGAUCAAUGCCUUCUGUACCAAUUGCAUCCCGGAGACCCUGUGGGCGCUGGGAUACUGGCUGUGCUAUGUCAACAGCACAGUCAACCCCAUGUGCUACGCGCUGUGCAACAAGACUUUUCGCACAACUUUCAAGAUGAUAUUGCUCUGCCGCUGGGACAUGAAGAAGAGGAGGAAGCAGCAGUUCCAGCAGAGACAGUCAGUGGUCUUCCACAGGAGGAUUCCCAGGGAGUCCACAUAAGGGAUUAUGAUUUUAAGUGGUUUAUAAUGGGCUCAUGCUUCAUUUCAGAUAGGGCAAGGAAAAGGAAAAAGCAUUAUGUUUUUUUCUACUGAGCAUCACUGCUCAUGGUGAGAUCCUCAUUGUGUUUCUCUGCUGGGAUGUCCAAUGCAGCGGUCUGUUUUAUAGCAAACACCAAGUUGUAUGGAGGUGUGUGCUUGUGUGCAUGCAUGUGUGUGCGUGCAUGCAAGGGUGUGUAUGCGUGUGGUGUUUCUUGAGGUGAGCUCCACAGAUGAAAGCUUUCCUUCUGUCCUUAAGGAACUCUUACCAUUUCACACAAGUGCAGCUGAAAGAACUGACUGAAUGGAAAAUAAUAGAAAAGGGCUUUAAAACGCAUUGCAGGAGAAUUAUUGAAGUGCAAUUGACACCAGGGGAAAUGAUACCUUUGUUAUGGGAUUGGGUAUCCACAUUUGUUAUCAUUUCUCCCUCUGUAGGUCGCUAAACCUGUCAAGUGUGGAGUGGUUUGGGGUUUCAGAUAAAACUAUGUAUCUGUAAUAUGUGACUGAAAGCCAAGCCCAAAACUAUUUUGUGUCUACAGGCUAUUACAUUGUACUGAGUUGACCUGCUAUCCUGGCUAGCUUAUGUUUUUAUCGAAACUCUUCUGUACAUUGCCUUUUUACAUGGAUAUAGCUUUCCUGUGUCUGAUGAAAUAUUGAAAGUUUGAAAACUGUGUCCUUACUUUCUGUCAACAGAGAUUUGUUAUUUUUGUGAUAUGAAUCUUUGGGUCUCUAGAUAUUCCUCAGAUUUUUGAGCCAGUCUGAAAAUCAUUCUUCUGAUGAAUUGAGUUGUGAAUAUUCUGUGUGGCACCACAGUCAGUGAGCUGCUGUUGUGUUCAAUGUGAUUGUUGUGGUUUACAUGGUGGAGACAAUAAUAAGUGCAUCAAGUAGCUUGGUUGUGUUUUAUGUACUUGAGGUUUUUAUGUUAAGAAUAAUGAUUAUACAAUGAUAAUAAUAAUGAUAUACUGUUUGUGUACAUUUGAAUAUUUCUGACUUGAUACACAAUGAUUGAUUGUACACACAAAGAUGUCCAUUUAUCAAAAUGUGUGUUAUGAUUAUACACUACCUUUUAAAAUUGUACAAAAACAUUAAUCUGAGUAACUGUUCAAAAAGGCCAUCCAUGUUUGAUUUAGUAGAGCAAUGGCAGCCUCUAGUGGCUUGUGAAAGCCCUACUAUGCAUUUGCCUGUACAUCACUGUUGAUGCAGCUCCCAUAGCGCUGCAGCAGCAAAACCCCUUCCUGUCAAUUUCCAGAUCACACACAAAUUAAACUGUUUUAUAUGUACAAGUGUGCAGCUACGAUCCACAUGCAAGCACUGUUUGACUCCAGGAUUUGAAAAGCUGAAAGCUGAUGAGAGAUUUUCAUUUUUGAUGAAGCCAAUUUAACAUUUGGCAAACAAUGGCUAAACUUAUAACCAGUCAGUGUGGAGAAUAUUUCGAAUUCCUGGCAUAAUCUGAUCUGAAUGUUUUU